ACAGGGGAAAAAGAUGGAGCACUCGGGAAAUGAAGUUAAGGUGCGCUGGAGCAAAAUAUCACCCAACAAGAAUACAGUCAGUCCCGCACCUGUGGAUACUCAGUCCAGUUCUUCCACCAAGGAAGUGGCAGCUUCUGUUCAAAGUAAAUAUAAAACCCUUCUCGUCACCACAGAGGACAACAUCACAAAGAUAACACUGAAUCGUCCAGACAAAAAAAAUGCUAUCAACCUUGUGAUGUAUAGAGAAAUUACACAAGCACUUGAAGAAGCAGCCAAGGACAACUCCACUUUAACUGUGAUAACAGGAUGUGGUGAUUACUACUGCAGUGGCAAUGAUUUGAACAAUUUUGGAGAAAACUUGGAAGAGAUAUUGAAAAAUGAUGGGAAGUGGCUGAAGGACUUUGUGAAGCAUUUUAUUGACUUUCCCAAGCCACUGAUAGCAGUGGUGAAUGGUCCUGCCAUUGGUAUAUCGGUCACUCUACUUGGGCUGUUUGAUUUGGUGUAUGCUACUGACAGGGCAGUGUUUCAAACCCUCUUUAGCCAAUUGGGACAGACUCCAGAAGGCUGCUCAACUUACACCUUCCCUAAAAUAAUGGGCCCAGCAAAGGCAAAUGAGAUGCUGCUUUUCAACAAGAAGCUGACUGCAGAUGAAGCACGUACCCAAGGACUUGUGACUGAGGUUUUUGCUGACAGUACUUUUCAGGGAGAAGUAUGGACAAAGCUGAAAGCAUAUGCAAAUUUCCCUAAAAAUUCUCUAGCUCUCUCCAAACAGUUAAUAAGAAGUGUAGAAAAGGAAACCCUGCAUGCAGUCAACUCACGAGAAUGUGACCAGCUUGUGGAAAGAUGCUUUUCAGAUGAGUGUAUGAAUGCUAUUACAAGCUUCUUUCGAAAGAAAUCAAAACUAUGAUCUUGAUCAAAGACAAAUCUUUACUGUCCAUAUGGAAUUUACAUUUCUGUUUAUAGUCUGUAUGCAUUUUCAUGCUUUCUUGCACCUAGAUUAAGAUAAGGGAUGAUGUAUCAUAUGAUGUAUGUGGUAUGAUGCAACUAGGCUGAUCUGAUAGCUUAGACAUGUUGGCUCUGCAAUGUUAGUCAGGAUCCUUCUGCAGUGCUAAGUGCCUGUAACAGAUGACUGCUAUAUCUGAGAAACAGAAGUCUAUUCUGUGCUGUUACACACAUCCCCCCUUUGCCGAGCAUGAGAAGGGGAAUUCUCACAUUCCAGAUUCCUUUAGAGGAGAGAUUACUGGAGGCUUAUAGGGUCUUUGUAAUAUUUGGUUUAUUUACAAAGUACAAGUUGAACACUAGAUGGAGUUGAAACAGCAGUGCACUCCUACAAGCAGCAACAGGUUACAUCAGAUCCCCAGAGGGAAAAUCCUACACCCUAAGGUACUUCAGCUCUCUCCUCAGCUUCUUCAUUCCAGUCUUUCCAAAACACUCACUCACUCUCUCUAAUUCUACAUGCCUGAAUAAGGCUUGUCUCUCACACAAAAGCUUCCAGAAAAGUGCCAAACUUUUAUGGUUUUCCCAUUCAAGGUCCUUCAAGGCCAUUAAUGUCCCAGUCAAAAACAUCCACUGGCCACCUGAAUUAUUAGCCAUUGAUUUGCCUAAGAAAAGAGCUGGCCAGAAAGCACUCAUAAUCAUAAUUCCCAAUUCAUUACAUUCAUUACAAUAUGUCAGUUAUGCUGGCUUCAUGCAUGUCAAAUCUGUGAGACUACACCAGCUUGUUGUUGGCUUUCUAGUGCUUGUCUGCUGUAAAAGUAGGAUGCUUGUGUUUAUGCUAAAUAUAUGCAUGGGUACAUCUCUGAUCAGUGAGGUGCGGGGCUGGGGGCGAAUCAACAUGUGUGGGGUCUCCUUAACGUUUCAUAUCAUUAUAGAAUCAUACUGAUUGAUUACAUACAAUGUAAAUAGUGUGAGGUUUUUGGACAUGUCCAACCAGCUUGGAGAUAGAGUGCAUUUCUAAAUAAAUAAAAAUAAAAAGCACAACACAUG